AUGGGUCACUAUAUUUACAUAAUUGAGGGUGAGGAGAUAACUCGGCUUGCAAAAGACUACAUCAAGUUUCUAUUUGGAGCACAGAAGAGUGUUCGUUUAAAGCGUACCAUGUACAAGUGGGGGAAGUUCUACCAGAGGCUGACAAGGAAAAAGGAGGUCGAUCCAUAUUGGUUGGAACGUGCAAUUAUUAAUACUCCUACGUGGUGGGACAGCCCGGACAAGUAUAAGUACAUUCUCAGGUCUUACUUAGCAUCACGAUCUGAUGAUUGAUAUGAAAUACUCAUCCUAUUUCACUCAUUCCUGUUGAUACCACAAGCUUAUGUGAAUCCGAUGUUUACGGAGACCUAAUACUUGCAAUGGUUUGUAACAAGUUGAAAGUCUAUGAUGAAAACUGUUUUUUGAUAUUAGAGUAUUUGAUAUUCGCAUGUAAACAGCUUUGUAAGAGUUUAGAAGAAGAGCUGCAAUGGAUUUUUACCGUAGGAUUGAUAACAGUCCAGAGUCAAUAAAGUCUUUGUACCUUCCCCCUUUACUGAUUUUAACAGAAUUACACUAGAAUUUGAGAUGUCGUAAGACAUCUUCCGUUCAUAACUUUUGGCAGAAAUAGGCCUUUGUAUGGUUAUCCUUGAUAGAAAUAGAUUGGAA